AUGGAAGAACAGGACGAAUACGAAGCGUGGCUCGCCGAACAGGUAGCGGCCAACCAACCCAACAAACAAGAUGAUGAAUUUGACGUCGAAGAAGAUGUCUUUGCGGAAAUCGACGCAAUGGAAAAGGCGAUGGCAGAAGAAGAAGCGAAUGCGUCACAGGGAGAAGGCGAUCUCGUAAUCGACGAGCCUGCUGAAGAGAAUCAGCAAGAAUCGUUUACGAAUCCUUUCGAAGAAUCUUCUGCUGACGAAGCCAACGAACCCGCCCCAGAAUCUAGCGCUAAAAGAAAGCAUUCAGAGAACGAGGCAGUUGAGCAUGCUGCGAAACGCACCCGCAUGGAUAUUGAAGAUUUUCUUCCUAAGCCAACAAAAAUUCUUAGAGUGCCUCCUCUUGACAGUGAUUUUGUAAGGCUGUGCUCAGAAGAGGGCGAAACCCGCUAUGUCCGAAAAGUGCCCCAUUACACUCACAAAAUAGCCUGUUCUGACCUAGACCUAGGUUCUGACAUGAACCUGCUGGGCGAAUCGAUGUUCGAACUCAAGCUAAAAGCAGACGACUUGAGAGAAGAAAUGGAAAUGCACGCAUUGAAAAUCAAAUCCCUGAGUGCAUCUUCCGGCGCCAGAAGUAAUCAAGGCCAAACGACAGAAUGGACAAGUACCUAUCGAGCUAAAAAAUACACAGAGCUGCUAUCAGACGAAUACAUCAACCGAACGAUUAUUAAGUGGCUAAAGAAGUGGGAUCCGUGUGUGUUUUAUAAAAAAUCUGCUAUCGCGAAGAAGAAAGAAGAAGCUCAAAAGAAAAUGACGGAAGACGAAAAGAAAAAGAAGCGAUUCAAACAGGCCUGGUCAGAGAACAUGGCCGAGGAAAUUGAUGAAGAAGAUCCUCUUGACAGACCGAAAAUGAAGAUCCUGAUGCUUUGCGGAGCCCCUGGCCUUGGUAAAACUACUCUUGCUUUCGUCGCCGCUAAACAUUGCGGCUACAAUGCGGUGGAAAUGAAUGCAUCUGAUGACCGUGCGGGCGCUGAAUUCAAGCGGAGAGUCGACGAUGCUCUUACAAACUGCUCCGCGUCGAAUAAGAAACCAUCCUGUCUUAUUCUCGACGAGAUAGAUGGUGUUCAUGCCGCCUCAGCGAAAUUUCUCCUUUCCCGAAUUAAAGCAGUGGAAACCAAGAAGAAGAAAGGGAAAAAGAACGAGGUCGGCCCAUUGAAACGGCCUAUAAUUUGCAUUUGCAAUGAUCCGUAUGUUCCAGCUUUGCGAGAGUUGCGUAAAGAAGCCUUGAUUGUUAAUUUCAAUGGCAUAGGAAAAGGUUCAAAAUUGUUCUCUGAAACAGUCAAAAAAGAUUAUUUCCAACCUUUCAAAGAUCGUUCAAAACUUACCGCGCGUCUUCAAGAAGUAUGUGAUCAGAACCAAGUCAAGCCGGAAGCAGGAACUUUACAAAAGCUAGCCGAAAAGUCCGACGACGAUAUUCGUAGCUGCAUUAACGCUCUUCAAUUCUUAUCGAUGGCCAACGAAGACAAGUCGGUGUCCAUCGAAGACUUGUCAAAAUGCUCGAUGGGCAAGGAUCAGCAGCGAACUCUUCAAUACGCACUCAAAGAGAUUCUAGCCGUCGGAAAGAAUAAAACAAACCGGCUCCAGAAUGUCAUCGACAUAGCGAGACAGUACGGAGAAACUGACAAGCUUUUGAGCAAUACAUUUGAACUGUGCGGCGAAGUUCGAGCACCAAGUUCCAUGGAACAGCUUUACAAAUCGCGCGAUUGGUAUGGCUGGGCUGAUCAAAUGACCCAGUUUGUGCAGAAGAAUCAGCACUAUGCACUAGAAGCUGAAAAGGUUUACGCUGUUGCAGGCGUCCAUUACAACAUUGCCCAGAACUCCGAGGUAGAGGGAGUUCUCAAGCCACAAAAUGUCUCGUGGGAGAUGCGACAAAAACAGAUGGUCAGAGAAAAUCUCCUAGAAAGUGUUCGUAACGGAUUGAAUAUGGUCACGCGAAAGAGUUUCAUCGGCUUUGAGCUUAUCAAUGCUCUGCCCAAUGUUUUGUCGAUGCUUGAGCCGAACAUACGAUCUGUGAAUCCUAGUCUUUUGAGCAAAGGCGAGCAACAAGCGCUUCAGCAAUGUGUUGGAACGUUUGUUGAUUUCGGGCUGACUUUGAAAAGUGUCAAAAACGAGGAAACGAUGACCCACAACAUGGUCGUUGAGCCACCCUUAAAAAUUAUUACCAGCUUCCCUGACGAGAGUAAAAAGGCAAAACGAGGAUUGACUCAGCAAACAAAACUACUGAUCGCUUCUGAGAUCGAGCGCGAAAAAGUUCGUAGAAUGCAACUUACCAUGGACAGAGGAAUCACAAAUAAAGCGCUGCAAGAUAUAAGCAACACUGGUGCCGCAGUUCAGAAAACACCGAAAAAGAAUGAAUGUCUCGCGUUGAAAGCAGUUAUCCGACCAAAAGCGCCAAAAGUUGAGGAAAAAAAGACCUUUCGCCGUGGAGGGCUGGGCGCCUUUAUCACCAAAACAAAACGAGAAAAACCGCUGCCAAAAGAGAAUCCAAUGGAUGAAACCGUCAUGGGCGUCGUCGAAGAGCCGGCGAAGAUAGACCCUGGCGUUGGCACCAGCGAGGUCUACUUCGCCUUCAACGCGGGUUAUUCAAAUGCUGUGCGCCAAAAAAUCACUAUCGAAGAGCUCUUGAAAAAUAUCUAG